CGGUAGUUGGCCUUUUUAAGUUCAACCUUGAAUGGUGUGUUCUUUGCCGUAUUCGGCAACAAUUCAUCAAGAGUGGGCCUCACGCUCAGCUGCAAUCUCGAUUUCCCCACAUAUAUGACGGAACAUGGAAGAACCCAGGGACACAGCUAGAAUGAAGCGAGCGAUAUUUUCUCCCCGGGGUGUUCAACCAAGAACCAAACCACUGCCAGACCCAGAUGCUUCGCCGUCAUGAUUCGAAAUGUGGCAUGUAUAGGUGCUGGAUUCGUGGGGGGUCCUCUGGCCACGGUUAUUGCCUGUCAAUGUCCGGACAUCCAGGUAACUGUUGUGGACAAAAACAAGGAGCGGAUUGACGCUUGGAAUACAGCGACCCCUCCACUAUAUGAACCAGGCCUCGAAGAUGUCCUAUCCCGCGUUCGGCAGCGAGAUGCCCAGUGCAAUCUAAGGUUCUCGACAGACAUCGAUCGUGCCAUCCGAGAGGCAGAGCUUAUUAUGUUGUGCAUUGAUACCCCUACCAAGGGAAAUGGCAUUGGGAAAGGGAUGGCAUUGGAUCUGGCCAACACGCAGGCCGCUGUCAGGACCAUAGCGCAGGCUGCAGAGUCGGACAAAAUCAUCGUGGAGAAGUCAACCGUCCCGUGUGGAACAGCAGACAAGAUUCGGGACUUGCUCGAAUCUUGCUCUAAGAAUGGCUGCCGGUUCGAGGUGCUUUCUAAUCCUGAAUUCCUAGCUGAAGGAACCUCAAUCACAGAUUUAUUCUAUCCGACAAAAGUUUUGAUCGGUCACCGACAAACGCCAUCAUCGCGCAAAGCAGCUGAAGAGCUGGCUGCGAUAUACUCCCGGUGGGUAUCACCCGAACUUAUAAUCAUGAUGGACCGCUGGUCAUCCGAACUAUCCAAACUAGCCGCCAACGCAAUGCUAGCGCAGAGAAUAAGCAGCAUAAACUCGUUAAGCGCGAUAUGUGAAGCGGUCGGCGCAGAUAUUGACAGCGUGAGUGCUAGUUGCGGAAUGGAUCCUCGCAUCGGAAAGGGGAUGUUGAAGAGCACCCUCGGAUGGGGAGGCGGAUGUUUUGAGAAAGAUAUCUUAUGUCUCGUCUACCUGGCUCGCAGUCUAGGUCUCACUCCCGUGGCAAAUUAUUGGGCUUCCGUUAUAGAAAUGAACGAGUACCAGAAGUCGCGAUUCUUUAUGCGCAUUGUCUCGUCUAUGCAUGGAAGUGUGGGGGGAAAGUCCAUAGCGAUCUUAGGGUUUGCCUUCAAGAAGAAUACAUCGGACACGAAGAAUUCUGCUGCCAUUCCUCUUGUGCGAAACUUGCUCCAAGAAGGCGCCCUCGUCUCCAUUUAUGACCCCAUGGUUCCGCCGGAUCGCAUCCUGAUAGAUGUGAGUGCAGCCGGUAGCCAUUCCGCAUCUGUCCAGGUGUGUCCAUCGGCGUACGAAGCAUGCAAUGGCGUCGAUGCAGUAGUUAUUGCGACCGAAUGGGACGAGUUUCAAACCCCGAUCCCGACAGGGGAUGUGCGAAUGACCACGGCCAAGGAUACCAGAAUCGAGGAGCCCCAGUCCCCACCAAGUACACCAGGCGAUAAAGGGAGAAGACUAGAUUGGGAAUGGAUUAUGAAUCGUAUGCGUUCACCCAGGUUUAUUUUUGAUGGGAGAAAUAUACUGGACAGACAGUAUCUAGAACAGCUGGGGGCUCGGUAUAUUGGUAUUGGUAGUGGAUCAGAGUGGGGAUUUCUGGAAAGAGCGACCCAUUCUUUAUGA